UUUUCAAGUUUGACAUUUAUAACAGUUUUGCCGCAAAGCCGAAGUAACCUCAAACUUUUAAUGUUUCUGAGCGUUUUAUUAGUAAAAGUAGACCAUAAUCAUGUCUGACGCAUUAAACAAGUCAGAAGAUUUGUGGAGUUCCUACAAGGGGCUGAAAAAAAUCAUUUGGAAAAGUCUAAGUGACGACCCCGAUGAUGUUUACGCCGUAGAAUUUGAAAAUACCUUACGUAAACACAAACAAAACUUUUUUUCACUUCUUCAAAAUCAGCCCAAAAAUGUCAAAAGUCGCGAGGAACUCAAGAAAGGCAUGGUGGACGGUAUUGUCAUCAAAGGCCUCGGCCACCAAAUCCUCUCUAAGGAGUUAUACCAAGAAGCCAUUAUUUUAUCAGAUAUGUACGACAUGAACGAAUUUGUCGCAUUGGACCUCCUCUGCACCGCCCAAAUCCAAAUGUCUUUCUACCCCGGCCUUCCUCGCGGACUAGUCGCCGUUUUGCUGUACUACGACGGCCGUAAGUCCUUAGUUCAGAGUUUGCGUUACUUGGUCCAGGCCCGAACUGGUGUCCAGUGGAGCGUCAGCAUAAAACCUGACGUUGAAAAAUUUGUCACCACUUACACAGAUCAGUUAAUGGAGGGCGGCUUGUUUAACCGAAUUUUUGAAUUGUUGCGCACUUUGGACUUGAGCAAAGAAAUGGAUAAAUUGCAAGAAAAUCUUGCGUUAGGGGGGCCGAGACACCGGCGACAAGUCAUGGAUUUGUUCCAAGAUAUCCGGGUUAUUCUCGCUGAUAUUGUUUUCACAUGGGCGGCUCAGUCCGGGCUUCCAAAAGCACCAACUUUGGCUUUAAUUAAUUACUUGCGACAAGCAGAAAUUGAAGAAGAGGCAUCAGGGAAGUUGGAUAAUGUUAACUUGUAUUUGAUUAUGGCCUUGUUAUCGGCACUGGAUCUUAGUGUGUUGCAUUCGAGGGAAGAUGGGGAAGAGGCCGUUCAAAGUCUGCCAAUAUUGUCAGAUCCUGAUUUUGUGAACACGGUUAUUAAUGAAUUACAACCGGGGAAACCGAAAUGGAAGUGUGAGGGGCUUCAAGCUGUUGCUACUUUUGGUCUAGCUGUUUGUCUAGCGUCUCUGAGGCUUAUUCCCCAAAAUCAGCAAUUCCAAGAUGUUAUUAACAAAGAGGAGACUUUUGUGGACGCUGCUAUAGAGAACCACGUGUUUGAAUUUAUGCACAAUAUCAUUCUUGAAAAUGAUGUUUUAUACAAAGAAGCUUUUGUCUACAAACGAAUGCAUCACCUGAUUACAGAUUUUAUCGUCUAUAUGUAUCCAAAAGUGAAAGAACUGCGAAUCAAAGCUGAUGAAAUUGCCAGAACUGUUCAGAUUUAUACGCGGGAGGGUCUAGACGCUCCUGUUAACCUCCCGCGGUACUUUGAGUACCUUCUCUUGACUAUCGCCAAAGUUUACUCAAAAGAUGUCCUCAACACUGAAUACGUUUUAAGUUAUUGGAGCCCAGUCGAACUCAAUUCUACUCAAUACAGUUCUCAUCGUUCCUCAUCUCGUGCUGUCUCCUUGUUCAAAUUUGUCCGUCUUGCGGGUGACAUGUUACCCUCCACACUUUUCGUUCCUUAUUUAACCAUGCUAAGUAGUCUAUCGUCUUGUCCUCAAGCAGCUCGCCACUGCUUCAACAUGUUGAAGCAAGUAGGACCCCAACUCACUGCCACACUCUCCUGGGAUCACUUUUUCACUUCUUUCGCUCAAUAUUACAAUAAUUUGCGUCAAGAAUUACCCCCUGUGACUGACACAGUUUACCGAAAUACGUAUCUUAAAGGCGUCUCUCCUCAAGAGCUGGAAGGCCUUCAUGCUGUUCUGUUGUUAAUCCGGACAAUCGCCGACCACGAUGACUUUUCCAGGUUGGCACUAUGCGAACAUCCGGGUUGGGCCCCUUUGACGAUUCUGUUGGGUUUGGUGGGGUGUUCAGUGCCAAUUCCACUAAAAUCCGAUCUUUUGCUCACUCUGGCUUCGUUGAGUAAAUCGACAGAAAAUGCUGCACAAAUGUGGGAUAAUUUGGAAACGUCUCAGAUUUUAGUGACGGUCCCUACGACCUCAAGUUACACCCCUCGAGGCAUCCAAACGGAAUUGGACGAGAUUGAGGCCCGACUAGAGGAGUAUCCGUUGACCAGAGCCAUGUUGAAGCUCUUAGAUGUUUUGACCGAUUUUGGAAUCCCGAGGACUUUAGGGGCCGGUCCCAGACCCCCAGGUUUUGACCCGUACCUGUCUUUUAUCGUAAAUUCAGUAUUUCUCAAAUUUCAUACGAGGUCGUACCGGAAUUCGUCUGAGAAAUGGGAAAUCGCCAAGCUUUGUCUCAAACUGUUUGAGAAAUUUUUGACACAGUACGACCCACAGAUUGCCGAUUUUCCCAAAAAGAAUCUCCCGACGGAAUUUAAUCCGCCCCCGGGGUACCACUUGAUGAUUCAGUUAAAUAACAAAUCCGAAUUGCUGAGUGUCAUUUUGGAUAUCAUCGAUGAAGGAAAUCGAUUGUUUGAUACUUAUGUUACUUUUCCCAAUCAACAGUUGUUGGAAGAAUGUACUUUGCUUUGCUUGAACAUAAUUCAUUCGGUUUUGGCCUUGCAUGGGAAAUUUGUAAAUGUUUUAACGGCUUCGUCGGCCCCUAUCCUCUUGACGAAUUUAACUAAACUUCUAUUGACUAUCAAUAGGAGGACUGGAAAGCCGGACCAUUGUGUCAAUAUAGCGAAAUAUGUGAGUUAUCAGCCCUAUUUGCUGAAACAUAGCUACGUUGUUGUCAAAAUAUUAAACCACGUGACCAACACACCACUUUUACAUAAUCAAUUUAUUAAUAUCUUUCUGUCUUCGGAUGCGAAAGAUGAGAUAAAACACGGGUUUGUGCUCAGUUUGGACAGUGAUGUUGCCGAGGAAGACACACAAUUGACUAUUAAAACAAAAUUGGAAAUUCUGAAGCUGAUAAAGCAUUGCCUCCCGUAUACCGCCCCCAAUUUGAGUCACUUUCUUUUAGGAUUCGAUAUUAAAAAAGAUAUUUCAAAGACUGAAUUCCAGUAUUCGGGAGUUUUAGAUUUUCCGAGAUCUUGUCUCCAUUCUAUAAUUUCGUUAAUGGAAACAGAAGUUGUGAAAGAAGGCUCUAUUACAUCAUCAUUGUUAGAAUCAGCAUACGAAGUCAUAUUCUUGUUAUCUAGUAAUAGCAAAACCUACGGUCCUGUUUUAAGAUUCUUACGACUUAAUAAGAAGUUUUUCACUUAUCAUUUGAAUCUGUGCCACAGUAGAAUAAACGAGGGUUUGCACGUUUUAAACCAGAUUUCGUGGUUGAUGAAAACCCUCGCAGUUGAAUUAAAAGUCUGUGGUCAAAGCAAACAAGUCAGUUAUAUGAAACAGUUGUCUCACUUUUUGGUCAGUUUGCCACAGAUUGAAAACAACACAAAUCAGGAUCCCUUCAGUGCAACCUACAAAGAAGAAGUCAGAGAGGGUAAUUAUAUGUUUUUGGAACGCAUAAGUAACAAUUUUUUGGUCAAUUUAAUCCCGUAUUUUGAAUUCAAACCUGACACUGUCCUAGCCCCCGAGUGGCAAUUUUUCGAUGCCAAAGUCCUCAACGUGUUAUUAGAUCAUUGCGUACAAGACGGGAGACAAAAAUUAAUCGACUUAAAGAAGCUUCAUCAGAGACUAUACGACGAGGUGAAACUCCUGCAAGGCACAGCUGUGAUGGGCCAAAUCCAGGCAGUGACUCAAGAAAUCCCCAAAGUGCUAAAAUACGCCCUCGAGUUAAACAAAAACAAGGAAAAGUACGCGUCAAUUGUCCAAUUUGUGGACGCUUGGAGGCAAGUUGUGGAAGUCCUCAUGGUGUUUAUCCCUCACGAGAUUUUAUCAGUGAAAGAGUCCCAAUUGGUUGGGGUUUGUUUCGUUUUGAAUCUCUUGAAGCGCGUCACCAAAAUCGAGCUAUUGCCCGAAGUUGGCCAACUGUUGUCAGGUGCUGUUUUACUAAUCAUCGAAAAUCUUCGAAAAUGUCACGUCUACGAGCGCAAGCAACAAAACUUCUCGUCUGAGACGGAUAUCCCGGCAAGCAUGUUGCAAAUGCUCCUAGGUUCGCUCAAGGAGGUAUUGGAAAAUCUGAUCGAGUGGAUCAUGGUCUCCAACGUCACGGAUGAAAAACUCAAAAUCAACCUAUACGCCGCUUUAGUCACAUUGUUGGAAUUGGCGAGUUUGGAGAAACCACCAGAGAGUGUUCCCCUUUCGAAUAGUAUGUAUGUGAGUCGGCUGGACAACUCAAGGGUCAGUAUCGAAAACCACUUGCAAAAUUUUAAAAUGUCGACCGAUAGUUUGGCGAAAUUUGGGGAGAGGUUAGUGGAAGUGAUGUGUCAGGAUUGCAUUGGGGGGUACGACGUGUCGCGGAUGUUGGCAUUGUCAAGUUUCAGUGUUUUGAUCACACUGUCAGGGAAUAUCAACUGGAUUGCGUAUAUGUCGGGGCGAGGGUAUUUAAAAGUGAUCAUCCAGUCGAUUUUGGAUAGUAAUAACGACCUGGAACGGCUCCUCGAACCUGGACAAACUUCCAUCAAACCGUUGUAUGUCUACAUGUCGAAAAUCUUGUUUUUGGGACGCUUGGCGGGAACAAGAGUCGGGGCUGAAUUGCUCCUCGAACAGAAGAUUUUCUCCUGUUUUGGCAACAUGAAUGUGUUUAGUUACCACCCGGAGAUAGCGAAAACGUGGCGUCCCACUGACAUUCUUGAAAGUUUCAUACCACCACCUGAGGAACUGUAUCUUCAGAUGUGGUUGCCAACUUUGGAAGUUUGCAAUGCGAUUUUAACGACUCUCGGAACUGAUAACCAGUCGGCUGUGGUGCAGAUAAUGUAUUUCAUUUUGAAUCAUCUCGAUGUGGUUGAAACGAUUUUACGCUCGGGGAGUCCCACCCUGUCUCGUCAAUUUUUGAAAGAGUUAUCUUUGCUGACUUCGGUGAUUGCCCGAACUGCCAACAACAAUCUAGUGAAUAUUCUCGAAAAUCCCGAUAUUGUGCACGACCAAAGGGCCCAUCUGUUCAGGAUACAGAAACUAACACUUGCUCUUUUGCCUAAAUUUAUCCUCACCGACGAAGUGGUGAAAGAACUGGUCAAUCGGCAAGUCGAGCGUUCGCACACUUUCCAAACAUCGGAGCGGCUCCUCUUUGCCAUGCAGGUGAUGGCCAACUUGUUGUCCUACUCGCGGAACGUUGUGGCAAAUCAUGACGUGGAGCAUGGGGGAAUCGGGGUUAUUUUUCAGCCGACUUUGAAAGACCCCGGUUUGAAUUCGGUUGAUUUGAAGAACGGGUUGAAUUUUAAUGAUCAGACGCCGUCUUUGGGGGUGGUUGUACAACAGUUGAUUAAUAUUGUGAACCACCAUCAUCAAGAGAAAUUCACUUAUGAGUUACUGGAGAGGAAGAUUAAGGAAAUUCCGGUGAUGGAUAGCACCGAUGUUGAUGAGUUUAUCGACGGGUCGUUGAAUCUUCAAGAUGUUAAUACGAAAAGGGAGCAUGUAUAUGAUUUAAUUUCAAACAGACUGGAGAAAAAAAGGAAAGAGAUGCAGUACUGCUAUUAUAUUAUUGAAAAUGCGAUUUAUUUGAUUUGGGUACAUUUGGAUUAUUACAUGUUGAAGGCGAUUCCUAAAGUCAAGAAUUUCAGUUCAAUGUCGGUAAAGUCACCAGGUAAAAUACGUUCUUUUGUCAGAAUUGAGUGUAAUUUUUAUGAUUUAGGGACUCUUGCGUCUGCCACGGAAGCCACUUGGAAAGUAUCCACAGACGAUAUCAGCAAUCUCAAGCACGGUUUAGUAUCAAUUUUUAAUGAUAGCUUCACUAAACAGUUAUUGGAAACCCUACAGGACCAAUCCGACUUAGAUAAAGGGUUCGUUGAAACAAUGUUGAGAAAAAUCAUCCGUUUGAUACAAUUUGUGCCAGUUAAGUAGUUUGUAUUUUUGCUCUAGUUUGUUGUAAAAAUCAAUUUUCUGUAAUAAACUAUUUUUACAAGCUUUUAUGA